GUGUGUGUGUGUGUGAUGCAGGCGAGACAAGGGUCAUGCGUGUCGAACGUGUCACAUAAAUCUUUAAUCUGGAAUUCAUUAGUGCAAUGGAAUCCUCCAGUGUUAAUGGGCAUCACAUGAAUCUGUUAUUGAAAAAUAGAUGUUCAUAUACCUUUAUGACGCAAAUGUAAUCACUUUGUAUUAAUCAGUACAGUACGUGAAUAACAAAAGAAACACUGGCUGGUUGCCGCCCAUGAGGAAAGCCUCCCCUAUACACGACGUGACAUAACCGCCCCGAGGUAAGGAGUGGCGAGCGUCAGUCUUGCUUUGUGCUGGGCGCGGCAAGAACGUCAACCUUUCCUUCACGACCACUGACGUUACCACCUCUGCCUACUUUGCACUGACCAUGGUGGCAGCAGCAGAAGCAACCUUGGCUUUGCACUUAAGAUUGGGCUUCCUCCUCCUUGCGGUCAACACUUUAGCCGCCAGCAAGGGGCAGCUGAAGGUGCUGAGCGAGGUGCUGUCUGGCCCCGUCCGCGGGAGGCCGCUGGCGCUGCACCUGGACGCCUCCCUUUCGGCAGACGAACGGCGGGCGGUCGUGGGCGUGGAGGCGGUGCGCCGCACGCCGCACCUCACCCUUACCCAUGACUUUAACUACAGCCGGCGGCUGGCGGCGCCCCCUGGGGACUUCUUCAUUUCCUCCAAGGUACUGCACGUGGUGCUGUGGCUCACGCCACGGCCCGAGCUGCUGCAGGAGCUGUGGCUAAACUGGAAGCCUCACAACUUGCUGCUCUUCAGCCUGGGUCUGUCUCCCGGCACCGACCUUCUGCGGCACGAGGCGUUCAGCGGCGUGGAGAAUGUGGCGCUCAUCGGGCACCUCAUGGCCCAGGAGGACCUACGCCCCGACGCCCUCGGGGUGUACACUGUGCUGCCCUUCUCUCCCGGCGGCGUGCGGCUCGUCGGCCCGUGGCGGCGCGAGGCCUUCGCCAGCUGGGAGGCGCUCUUCCCGGACCGGUUCCCAUCCUUCGAGGGAUACACUUUUCACAUUGCUUCUUGGAUGCAAGACGAACCAUUUUUAUACCAAAAUGAACUGAAUCCUCAAAAUGGAGAAGGAGUGUUUGCAGAGUUACUGAAAGUCCUGUCGGUGAAACUGAACUUUACCUAUACAGCAACGACUGUUUCCACGGACUGCAAUUGGGGCGCCCUGUCCAACGGCUCUUGGAACGGUCUUAUGGGAAUGGUGGAAAGGGGAGAGAAAAAUUUUACAAUAAACCAACUUUUCCUCACCUACGAACGUGGCAGAGACUUUGACUUUUCCUCCUCCCUGCAAGUGUUCGGGUUCGGUGCUUUCCUACGUCGUCCGGCGCCGCUGCCACUCUGGACGAGCCUGUGGCGGCCGCUGCAGCCAGCCGUGUGGGCCGCUGUGUUAGCAUGCCUCGUGACCGUCAUACUGCUCGCCAAAAUAAAGGUAGGGACCUUCAGGUGAUGUCAACUAACCUCGGGUAUUGGAAAUGCUUUUCCAAAUUUUAUUUCUAGUCAUCUUUGCAGGAGGGUGAGCAUGGCUGCCGUGGGCACGGGGAAACAACGUGCGGGGUGGCAGAGUUGUGGCUGGAGUUGUACCGCGCCUUGGUGUGCCAGAGUGCCCCCACCCUGCCGAGGGCACUGUGGCAGCGGGUGUUCUUGGCCGUGUGGUUGUCCUGUUGCUUGGUCAUCACCGCCGCUUACACCGGCGGCCUGGUGGCCACCUUUACCAAUCCUGCCUUCCAUCGGCGCCUCGGCUCACUGGACCAGCUCGUCGACAGCAGCUUCAGGUGACUCUUCCGCAUUGGUGUACACAGUGGUGCAUGUUCAACCAAUGCUACUCUCCCUCUGUUAUGCCCCCUAGCAGCUCAUCUCCAAGACUAAACCUCCUGCACCCCUAGACUGGCUGUUUCCGACUCGAACAACGUGAUUGGGGUGACACUGAAGACGAGCGAAGAUCCGCUGUACGUCAGCCUCAGGCAGAAGAUGGACCUUAUGCCCUCAUGUCCGGAGCGGUGCCUGGAAGCGGCCGUAGGCGGUUCCCACACCUUCGUGGACACCAUCCCAUACAGCAGAAUUCUGAUGAGGAGAGCGCUGGGGGUAAGUGGAGACUGGCUCAGUGCUUGUAAUUUUGAGAAUUCAUUAUCUUAAAUAUUAUGUUCAACAACAUUAAAAACGAUGAAGGGACAUU